AUGAGUCUUACGCGUGACGUCAAAAGCAUCGACGAUAAUUCAAACCGAAGUUUUACUUUAGAACGACACAAACAUGCGGAAUUACACGUGCAAGAUCAAGUACCACCGAUUCGAACCAAUUACGAACAGGUUACUUUAGUAUGGCUCGAUAGUCAUGCUAGAAAUAACGGGCCUUUUGCUGAUGAUAUUCAUUUGACUGAGGAGUUAUUACGCAAAUUAAAUGAUUAUGUAAUGCUAUUCGAUAAUGAACUUGAAUGUCUUACCUAUGUCGAUUCAGUUAAAAAUGAAACUGUUCUGCUGAUAGUUUCUGGCAGGUGUGCAACAUCAAAUUUGCUUGACGCACUACAGAAGUUAUCCUAUGUCGACUCCAUUUUUAUCUUUUGCCAAAAUAAGAAUAACUAUGAACGAUUAAAAGAAAAGUACAAGAAAGUCGUUGGUAUUUUUACUGAACAGAGAAAUCUUGGAGAAAGUAUUCGAAAUGCUAUUGAACUUAUCGACAGGCAGUCAACUAUAUUUGCUCUGUACAAUGUGGAUAAACAAAAAUCCAUGCGAGACCUUAGUCGGGAGUCUGGUUCGUUCAUCUUUCUUCAACUGAUCAAACAAGUUAUCAAACGGAUGGCAAUGAACAACGGUUCAGCCGAUGACAGCAAACAGGAGAUGGUAGACAAGUGCCGCCUGUAUUAUCGAGGAAACGAAAAAGAACUAGAAAAUAUCAAGGAAUUCGACAAGCAUUAUACACCUAAUCAAGCGAUCAAAUGGUACACUCGAGAUUCAUUCGUCUAUAAACUAAUCAACAAAGCCUUACGCACUGAAGAUAUUGAUUCAUUAUACACUUAUCGGUUUUAUAUUGUGGAUAUCUGCGAAUGUUUAACUGAAAAUUGUCAAAUAUUGCGAGAUGUAGCAUCGGAUGUAACAGUCUAUCGAGGGAUGAAGAUGCGUCGAGCAGAAAUAGAACGACUUCAGGAAAGUAUUGGUCAUCAUAUUGCUGUUAAUGGCUUCUUUUCAACAAGCCGAGAUAGAUCUGUUGCUGAAAUGUAUGCAGGAAUCAAUGCUGCACAACCGGUCUCGUCCGUUGCAGAGGACACCGAAUCAGUCGUGUUUGUUAUUUAUGCUGACUUAGAAGUUCAUCCGGACCUGAUUUUAGCUGAUGUAUGCUGUCUCAGUUCAUUUCGAGACGAAGGUGAAGUUCUUUUCGAUCUUGGCACAGUAUUUAAAAUCCUAUCGUUCACGUACGACAUUGACAAAAAUUAUCGGAUUUGUCAUAUGGAGGCAAGUGAUGAAGGCCGUACUAUAGCUCAAGGAUAUCUUGAUUUCAAACAGAAAGAAUUGCAUUCAUCAUCGGAUAUCGAAAUUGUAUUUGGAGAUUUACUACAUGUUAUGGGUGAGUGGCUAAAAUCUCGUGCGUAUUUCGAAAAUCUUGCCACUCGACGAAUCAAUGAUCCACAAAUUCAUCUCGGUAUCGCUCGAACUUAUGAAUCUCUUAAUCAAUCUGAUCAAGCUUUGCAGCAUUUGAGUCAGGCAUAUGACUUAGCUAUGCAAGACAACCCCGAGCGACUGUCGCUGGCAGCAAAGAUCUGUCACUACAUUUGCCGAGUGCAUUCGUUCUGCAACAAUUUUAACGACGCUCCCCUGUUUAACAGAAAGGCGCUUGAACUCUAUCGACAGGCUGGUGAACAUGAUAACCGAGAGGGUAUUGCUCUAGCAUUGAUAGCUGCAGGUAAUAUACAUUUUCUAAAAUGUGAACAUGAUAUAAGCUUAGAACAUUAUCAACGAGCCCUUGAGAUUUAUAUGGAACUGUACCCCUUCGAUCAUCCGGAUAAAGGUGUUGCUUUGAGUUCCCUCUCGUUGUCUUACUAUCUGAGAGGUGAAUAUGAAUGUGCACUCAAGCAUAUGCUUGAGUGUGUAGCAGUUCACGAGCGAUUACUUCCUACAGACCAUCCGCAUUGUGCUGUAGGUCACACAUCUGUUGGUAAAUUAUUGUACAAACAAGGAAAAUACUCUGAAGCACUCGAACAAUUCCAUUAUGCCAUGGGCCUGUUCGACAAACGGAGAACGAAUCAUCAUCGAAAUUAUGCUCUUCUACUGAACAAUAUAGGCAAAACUCUCUACCGACUCAAUAAACUAGACGAAGCUUAUGAACAGUACAAUAAAGCCAUGCAAUUUAUCGAGAAGUUAUUUCUAACGAAGUCGACAGAUCAUGCCGAUCUAGCAUAUACAUGGAAAAACUUCGGCGAACUUCGUAUGGCAAGAUUUGAUGCUACCGGUGCACUUAGUUUAUUUGAACGUGCUCGAGAUAUGUAUAAACGACUUUUCACAAUUGCUGAAAAUCAUCGAGAUAUUGCUAAGUGCUGGCACCUCAUCGGACAAGCGCACGUGGCAUUGGAAAACGAUACAGAAGCAAUAGAAUCAUUCGAGGUAGCACUACAGAUGUGGAUAAAAACGCUACCCAAACAUCAUCCCGAUAUUGCACUUUGUCAUCAAUCUAUGGGUGAAUUUUAUGCCAACAGAAAAGGAGACAUCGACAAAGCUAUUGAUCAUUAUCAUACAGCACUGUCUAUCUACGAAAUGCAACAAGAUGAUAGUUCCAAACAUAUAGAAACGAUACGAAAUAAACUAAUUUCUUUGAAAAAAGCGCGGCAUGAGUACAUAUAA